AUGGAGAAUAAUAAUAACCACAUUGAUGAUGAUCGGAGGAGAGAAAGGUCGACAGAAUCGGCUUCAACGUCGGGUCGAUUCCCGCCCGGUUACCGGUUCAUGCCGACCGAUCAAGAGCUCAUUUUAGAGUACUUGGCAAGGAAAGUCAACAAUCAGCCAAUCCCGGUUGAUGAGAUUAAUGAAGUCGAGCUCUACAAAUACAGUCCCGUCUACCUCUCUGGGAAGUAUCCUCAACUUGGAGAUCAAGAGUGGUACUUUUUCACUCCGCGCGACAGGAAGUACCCGAACGGGAGUCGGCCCACGCGGUCGGUUAACGGAAUAGGGUAUUGGAAGGCCACCGGUGCCGAUAAAUUAGUCAUGUCGAAAGGUGAACUUGCGGGAAGGAAAAAGGUUUUGGUUUUCUAUCAAGGGAGACCUAAAAGUGGGAACGAAAGAAAGACGAACUGGAUCAUGCACGAGUACAAGCUCAAUUCUCCUUCCAAGAGCCCCGGUUCCAAUAACAUGAGGUUGGAUGAUUGGGUGUUGUGCCGAAUAUACGAAAAAAUAGAAAAGGCACCGAAAAGAAAACCGAAGGAUGUAAACGAUGAGGAAGACAUUGUUCCCUCGGGCCCACUCCAUGUGGUCCCGUUUGUAGAAGAAGAAGAAGAAGAAGACGGCGACGACGACAACAGCAAUGACAGCAACAACAACAAGGGUAGCAACAAUGUCGAGGAUGUUCAAUUCCCCAACAACAACAACGUCUUUUGCGAAAAGCAAGAUCACGUGUUGAUGAUGGAUAGAUAUCAGCAGCCUUCGUUUAUACAUAACCAACCACUUAUUCCUAAUCCCACACCCAUUGAUGUGAGCUACUUAUAUGGUCAGAAUAGUCUUUACUAUGAUCCUCAGCACCACCUUCUCAGUCAGCAGCAACAGUUGAUGUGGGAUCCUCGAUGCCAGCUGCCGGAUUUCGAUUGGACCUUUGGAAGUAGGGAGGAUAAUAAUAAUAAUAAUAAUGAUCUACAGCCUCUUCCAUUGGAUGUGGAAGUCAACGAUAGUUUCAGCGUCGAUGAUUACUUGAGAGCUGUGGCCGCGGACGCGGAAGAGGGCAAUUCCGAUGAUCAACAUGAAUUGGGCGUCGGCGUUUGCCUCCCUGCAUCUUAUCUGAACAUUGAUGGGAGGGCUGGUUUCUCCGGCUCGCUCACUCGCUCCUGUCGGGCUCUUCGGCCACGGUUCCCGACAACGGGCCGGCAGGAACUCCAACUUUAUGAAGGUCUUUACGUACCCGUGAAUUCCGGCGUUUUGGGGUUUGUGGAUCUUCGACAGAAUCGGUCCUGA